AGCAAGCUGCUAGGAGUUCACCUAGGUGUCAGCUCCUGGGAAUACAGUGGGUGUGCACUGUGUUCAGUGACAGUGACCUGUACUCAGCCCCUCUCUACGCAGCCACAUCAAAAGCUGAAACUUGCCCUCUCUGCCAUCCUGGGUGGGGAGGGGUGGAGAGAGGUCCAGCAGAGCAACCCAAGCUCCCGGCUUCACAAGGAUGGUGGUAGGAAAUGCCUGGAGACAGGGAGCAGGAGAUCUGUAUGAAAGCGCUCACACUGGUGGCGGACCUGUGCUAUAGUGGCAUUGUGGAGAACGAAAACUGCCUGGAUUUCAUCUACUACCAGAGAGAACGGAGCCGACCUCGCUACACUGAAACAGAUGUUUCAGUGAGUUUAUUGUCCCUGUUGGUCACAGCCUGUGGACUUGCCCUCUUCGGCGUUUCCUUAUUUGUCUCGUGGAAACUUUGCUGGAUCCCCUGGCGAGAACGGGUUCUGAAAGGGAGCAAAGAACAUGAGCAUUUGAAUUAUGCAGACAGUGACACAAAUGAUCAUGACUACAGCGACAACUAUUUGGGGCAGCCCCCUCUUUUCCUGGAAUCAUCAAUGAAGAUCAGCCACACCUCACCCGACAUCCCGCUGGAAGCCAAGAGUGGCAAUAAGGAAAACUGUGUUCACAAUGUCCGGAUGCAUCGGCAAAUCACUGAGCCAACUUCUUCAGCUCGACAUAAUUCGAUCAGAAGACAGUUGAACCUUUCAAACCCUGACUUCAACAUCCAGCAGUUUCAGAAGCAGGAGCAGCUGACUGGAAUUGGGCGAAUCAAGCCUGAACUGUAUAAACAGAGGUCUGUGGAAACAGACGAUAGUCGAAGGAACAAUACCAAAUCAUGUGGGAAGCUCAACUUCAUCAUUAAAUAUGAUUGUGACUUGGAAAAACUCAUAGUAAAGAUUCACAAGGCGCUUGGCCUACCAGCCAAAGACUUCUCCGGGACAUCAGACCCUUAUGUCAAGAUUUAUUUACUUCCGGAUCGGAAGACUAAACACCAGACUAAGGUCCAUCGGAAGACUCUGAAUCCGGUGUUUGAUGAAGUAUUUUUAUUUUCUGUUCCCUAUAAUGAGUUGCCCAGUAGGAAACUCCACUUCUCCAUCUAUGAUUUUGACCGCUUCUCAAGACAUGAUGUCAUUGGCCAGAUCAUAGUGGAUAAUUUUUUAGACUUGGCGGAUUUUCCUAGGGAAAGUAACAUCUGGAGGGACAUUGAACACGUCACUAAUGAUAAUGUUGACCUUGGCGAUUUAAUGUUCUCGCUGUGCUACCUCCCUACCGCGGGAAGACUCACCAUCACCAUCAUAAAGGCAAGAAACCUUAAGGCCAUGGAUAUCACAGGGGCAUCUGAUCCUUACGUGAAGGUGUCCAUAAUGUGUGAAGGGAGGAGACUGAAGAAAAGGAAAACAUCAACAAAGAGGAACACAUUAAACCCUGUGUAUAAUGAAGCCAUUGUGUUUGACGUGCCGCCAGAGAAUAUUGAUCAGAUCAGCUUGUUAAUAGCAGUGAUGGAUUAUGACCGUGUAGGUCACAAUGAGGUCAUCGGGGUAUGUCAAGUUGGCAACGAUGCAGAGAGCCUAGGCCGGGAACACUGGAGCGAAAUGCUAUCGUAUCCCAGGAAGCCCAUCGCCCACUGGCACUCACUUGUAGAGGGAAAAAAAUCCUUCCUGAUCCCUAAUGGCAAUCGGAUUAAUUCCUGGAUCAACAUUCUACUAUGUAUUUUUAGAAAUUGGUCUGCUCAAAAUGCAGCGACUGGCAAUGGGUCUUGCAAUUCCCUGAAGGGUCCACCAUCUCCGUAAAAGACGCCAUCGGAAGGCACAGUUUCAAAUAGAAUACUCGAGACGGAGCAAUGCGUGAGCGCUGGCUUUUCACGCUGUUUGCGUUGUUGUCACUCCAGAGAGGAAGAGUCGUCCGGAUGCUACAAGAUAUAACUUGGGAUUGUUCAUGAAAGCUAUUGCACAGGAAAUUAAGGGUGUUACCCACAACAGUCCAUCACAUGUACUUUUUUCUAGCUGCUGUA